CAAGAAACGGUAAAGUUCAUGCCUGCAAGGUAUGUGGAAAAGAAUUUAAGUGUAAAAAUAUGUUGUUACGUCUUGAAGCAACGCAUAGUAAAGACCGACCUUUCAAAUGCGAUAUUUGCAAUAAGAGUUUUAAAUCGAAAUACCAAGUAAAAAAACCUUACGAAACUCAUACUGACAAACUUAACUAUACUUGUCAGGUGUGUAACAAAAGUUUUAAAACACACCAGUAUUUGGCACUUCAUAAAGUAGUUCAUAAUAAUCAAUUUGAUUAUACUUGUCGGGUAUGUAACAAAAGUUUUAAACAAAGCUGUGAUUUAGAAAAGCAUAUUUAUAUACAAUGCGAUGAAUACAAAUAUUCUUGUGACAUAUGUAACAAAUAUUUUAAAAGAAAACAAUUUUUGCGACAGCAUAAACUUAUUCAUAUAUAUUACGAAAUUUGUGGUAAGAGCGUUCGAUAUGGCAAGGGCUGUUUAGAAAGACACAUGAGAACAUACAGAGCUCAUGCCUGCGAGAUAUGUGGAAAAAAAUUUAAGUCGAAAAGCAAUUUGUUAUAUCAUGGAAUGACGCAUAGUGAAGAACGUCUUUACAAAUGCGAUAUUUGUAACAAGGGAUUUAAAUGGAAAGAGGAACUAAAAAGCCAUCACGAAAGUCAUAGUGAAGAACGUACUUUCAAAUGCAAUAUUUGUAAUAAGGGUUUUAAACGGAAAGGGCAACUAAAACGCCAUGAAAAUACUCAUAGUGAAGAACGUCCCUUUAACUGCGAUAUUUGUAAUAAGGGUUUUAAACGGAAAGAGGAACUAAAAGUCCAUCAGAUAACUCACAGUGAAGAACGUCCUUUCAAAUGCGAUAUUUGUAAUAAGGGUUUUAAACGAAAAGAGGGACUAAAACGCCACGAAAAUACUCAUAGUGAAGAACGUCCUUUUAAGUGCGGUUUUUGUAAUAAAGAUUUUAAACGGAAAGACGACCUAAAAAACCAUCACAAAACUCAUAGUGAAGAACGUCCCUUUAACUGCGAUAUUUGUAAUAAGGGUUUUAAACGGAAAGUGGAACUAAAAGUCCAUCACAUAACUCACAGUGAAGAACGUCCUUUCGAAUGCGAUAUUUGUAAUAUGGGUUUUAAACAGAAAGUGCAACUAAAACGCCACGAAAAUACUCAUAGUGAAGAACGUCCUUUUAAAUGCGAUAUUUGUAAUAAAGGUUUUAAAUGUAAAAAGGAUCUAAAAAGCCAUCACAAAACUCAUACUGAACAAACGUACCGUGUUUCCCCGAAAAUAAGACCUAGCAUAGGUUUUGCUGAAUUGCGAAAUAUAAGACCUCCCCCUGAAAGUAAGACCUAGCGAAGUUUUCUUUUAGUCGUAACGGUCAUCGACAGAUGGUUGAAAGUAGCCGUUGGCUUUUUGCCUGCAAGGUAUGUGGAAUACACAUAGGUAUAUUUUAUCAAAUAUAAAACAAAAGCAGUAAUACUUUAAUACUAAAGCUAAGUUUAUUGAAAUGUAAUAAGUACUUCAUUAAGUUAUUUUUUAAACUUUCAGUUGAGAAGGAAAAGCAAAUUCGGGAACACGAUAUUCAGCAGAAUUCAAAGAAGCGAAAGGGUUAUAAAUAUAAUAUCAAAACAAAGAGAUACGUACCUUUCAGUCGAAAAUGCAAUAAAAUUCAUGAUAAAACUAAAAGAAAAUACUUCAGGAUUAUGUUGGCAUCUUAUUCUAAAGAACAAUUUACGUGUGAUUUAUGUAAACAGACUUUUACA